GCCGGGACUGCGCAGCACCCCCGGGCUCCCGGGCCAGCCGCUGCCUCGCUCCGGCCCCUCCCGGAGAGUUCGGACCCCGGAGCACGGAGUGGGGACGCACUCCUACGUUUUCGGACAGGAGCAGCGCCGACGGGCCCAGCAACAUGUCCUACGUGAAGGAGACCGUGGACAGGCUGCUCCGAGGCUACGACAUCCGCCUCCGCCCUGACUUCGGAGGUCCGCCCGUGGAUGUGGGCAUGCGGAUAGAGAUCGCCAGCAUCGACGUGGUCUCGGAAGUCAACAUGGACUACACCUUGACCAUGUACUUUCAGCAGUCCUGGAGGGAUAAAAGGCUCUCUUACUCUGGAAUUCCUUUGAACUUAACUCUGGACAACAGAGUGGCUGACCAGCUCUGGGUGCCGGACACGUAUUUCCAAAAUGACAAGAAAUCAUUUGUCCAUGGGGUGACGGUGAAAAACCGAAUGAUUCGGCUCCAUCCAUAUGGGACGGUCCUUUAUGGCCUACAGAUCACAACAACAGCAGCUUGCAUGAUGGAUCUACGCAGAUAUCCUCUGGAUGAACAAAACUGCACACUAGAAAUUGAAAGUUAUGGAUACACUACUGAUGAUAUUGAAUUUUACUGGAAUGGAGGAGAGUCAGCAGUAACAGGAGUUAAUAACAUCGAGCUCCCACAAUUUUCUAUUGUGGAUUACAAGAUGGUGUCAAAGAGAGUGGAAUUUACAACAGGGGCAUAUCCUCGACUAUCACUUAGCUUCCGGCUUAAAAGAAAUAUUGGAUACUUCAUUUUGCAAACUUAUAUGCCUUCCACACUGAUCACAAUUCUGUCAUGGGUGUCUUUUUGGAUCAAUUACGAUGCCUCUGCAGCCAGAGUUGCUUUAGGAAUCACAACUGUGCUGACCAUGACCACCAUCAGCACCCACCUCAGGGAGACCUUGCCAAAGAUUCCCUAUGUCAAAGCAAUAGAUAUUUACCUGAUGGGAUGCUUUGUGUUUGUGUUCCUGGCCUUGCUGGAAUAUGCCUUUUUAAACUACAUAUUCUUUGGGAAAGGACCUCAACGUCAAAAAAAGACAGCAAGCAGAGCAGGACAUGCUACAGGAGAGAAGAGCAGACUGGAAACAAAUAGAGUCCAGGUAAAAUAUUCAAGCUAUCUUUUCAAACAUUACUUUUACUGUGAAAAUGUUCAUUUAUAUGAUGACAGAGAUAAAUACAGGUAGAACACAUGUGCAAAAGCAUUUAAGAUUGCCUACAGAAAAAUUGUAUUUUAAGGAGAUUGCAAAAUGCAUGGUCUGUUCCAUAUUCAAGUGAAAACAGAGUAAGAAAACACAGAAAAAAUGCACAUGAAUAUUCAGGACACAUAUUCUUUCUUCUUUGUAUUUCUUGCAGAAGAAAUACAAGGUGUACAAGGAAGUUAAAUAUCUACCACUUCAAGUGUAUUUUUUUUUUUUUUUGCUUUAGAAUGUGGUAUAGAAGAAAUGUUUAUAAUAGAAGUCCCUCUUUACAUACAGAAACUUCACCAAAAAUAAAAAGCAUAGACAAGCUCUGUUGCUUCAGUGAGCCCUGACCUUCGAGGGACACAAGGAUGCUGCUGCUAGGUUAUAACAGCUUUCAUAGAUGUCAGGAUUUUUCCCUCAGCUAAAUUCAGGCACACCACAACUAUCCCCUCUUUCAGAAACAAGUCAGAAAACCUUCAGGAAGUAAUACUGUUGACAUAUUUUAAGGAGGAUGAGUUUAAUUUUGCAAUACAUCACUGAGCACUUGCAAGCAUCUAUAAAUCUAUUUCACUUUUUCCCAGUUUUUCAGAAACAAAUCCUUUAAAGCCUCAGGUGUAUUUGGCCCAGUCUGACUCAGAGGAAAAAGUAUAUACUAACAAGCCAAAAAUUUUCUUCCUUCCUGUGCUUUACUUACAAUAUAUUACAUCCAAGUAUUAAUGAGAUCUUGCCCAGGCUGUCCUAUAAACUUCUUUACUGUUGUGGCCUAACCUUUGGACAGAACUGUAUUUGAGCCCUCUGUUCAGUUUGAAGAAUGAGACCAACACAUAAAACUCUAAGAAGUAAGCCUUCAUCCUGAUAGAUGGCUACAGUGUCACAAACACAUCAGAAAGUUCAUUUCAGAAACUCUGUAAUAUCUUAUUAAUUCUAGAGCUGUGUCUUUGGUGUCCCACCACUACAGCUAUGCAUCAUUAACAAAGCCAUCAUAGUCUCAGUAAACUCAUAAGCCCCUUAAAAGUUUUUACUUACAUUUGCCUUCUGUCCCGUUGUGUAGGAGAUGCUUUAUUACAGUGAGGGCACAAAUUCAGUUCAGGCAAUCAGCAGUCUCCAAGACCCCACAAAGUACUGUCUUCCACAGAGCAGAGGAGAUAAGCCACCCCAGUAUGGAUUGUCAUGCACAGACAUUGUCCAUCCAUUUCUAUGAAAAAUAAGGAAGGGAAAAAAACAACAUAACCCACAAAUUCUGACCAGCUACCUCAACAGCUCCUGAGAUAACCCAGCCUAGGUGAGAAGCAGCACAGCAAGGAUUCAUGAUGAAGAGGAAAUCAAGACUUCUUCAGAGGUCAGCCUUGGCUACUUGUGCCCCAGUGAAAUGAGUAAAGGAUAAGGGUGCAGGUAAGUUCUUCUCCUAUGUAUUUGGAGAGUUUGUUUAACUAACAAAAUGCCAUAACUCAUAACUAAAAGCUUUUGUCUAAAUGUUAUGCAGCAAAUAUUACACUGAGAUUCGUACUCAGAAUGGGAUGGAAAGUUUUUAAAGCACCACAUUGCAUACACCAUCAUUUUUCUGAUAGAAAAAGGAAGUCAUACAUGCUUUGUACCAGGAUUUCUAGAUGCUCACACUUCAGACAGCAAUCCCAUUCUGAGAAUGAGAGUGCUUUAAGUGAACAGACUGCUUUCUGCCUGUACAGUGCAGGUUUGUGAUUGUAAAUACAUAUAUAUGCACACAUAUACAUAAACACACACGUGAAUGGAUAUCGGUGAAUUUUGUGUUCCACAUACUGAUGUGAGAGAUUGUGAACAUUAAUUUUACUCAGCACAGAAAUGCUGAUUUCCAACAGUUGUAUUUCUGUCUUUGGCAGGAAGAGUGCACAUGACCAGAGCAGUGGGACACAGCAAGGUUAUGUGACCUCCACUGAAACAGCUUCCAGCCCCUCUCCAUCAUUUUUUGAGAUUUUUCACUGGUAAUGAUGCCUGCACCAGAGCAGGGGAAAGUCAUUUUUUGAACAUAAAAGAAGUACAGUUGUAAGUAUGUAUAGCUAUAGGACAUUUUUUCCCUUUUACUCUUGGCCCACACCACUUGUCCAUACAGGGACCUGUAACUGUUAGAAGAUAUGUGACAGUGCUUCAUCUCUUUGUGCCAGGUGAAGAUACCGAGCAUUCCCAUCUGACAUACAACUCCAAAGACUAAAAGAGUUCAAAUUCCUCCACCAGAUAACACAAGCUUUCAAUGGGUGAGCAACACUCAGCAAACUGACCAUGAUAUUAACAGUAUAGAGAAGACCAGAUGAAAAAUGAAACAGAACUGUUGUUUCAUAGGUGGCUGUUCCAUGCUCUACAGACUGAAGAAGAUGGAAAUAAAGUCUCUCCAGCUUCACAAUUUAUGCAAUUUUUAUUUUUAAUAUACAAAAACUAUUAAUUUGUAGCAAACAAUCUUUCUGUUUCUCUGAAUAAAGUAAAAGGACUGUUUA